AAACCGUAGUCAUCAGUAGUGAAAGAGCAAGCAUAACGAUCGUAUCGUAUCGCGUUUCGAGUCGAGCCGUUCUCGUGAUUCACUGCUAUACGGGUAGCUGUGUAACAGAAAAGUGGAUAUAGUGCUUGUGUAAAGGAACCAACCUUGAAAUUUCUCCAAUAGUCGAGUGAUUAACGAUCAGAAGGAACCAGGAAGCUCACAGUCGGUGAGAUCACGAUGACUAUCCUUACGAAGCCCUUUGGGGAUGCGAAGAAACCAGAAAAGACCAUCCUCCCGCUGGUCGGUGGUUCCGGAGUUCCAGUGGCCCCCACAGCCCCAUCGGAUGUACCUCGCGAUGACGAGUCAGCUGCGUCCAGCAUAAUUCUGAUCCGCCGUGCCCGUCGCUUCACAUCGGCUACCACUUACAUCCUGUUUCUGAUUGCGCUUCUGGUCACAUCGCUGGGCAUCAUUGCCGGCGUGUUUUACUAUCGUCAGUAUGCCCAUUCGCGGAACCACUUACGUUUCCACGGUUUCUGCCAGAUCCCAUACGAUUCAUCCAACAUGAACGACAACCAGAUGUACUACAUGAACUCGAUGCUCCGCGACGACACCGAUGAACUGAACUCGCAAAUUCAACGGUUCGGUCAAAUCGAAGACUUAUUCAAGCCAUUCCAGAACGACUUCAACGAGAUGGAAAAACGCAUGGAGGACACCGAAAAGGAAGUGAGCGACCAAUUCUUCAAGGAAGAAUUUGAACUUGGACUGUCCGACGAGGAAAACUACUCCAAGAUCAACGUGCCGGUGUUCCGUGGCCAGCGACAGGGCCGUUUCCUGCACGAUUUCAAGUAUAACCAGUCGGGCAUCAUCGACAAGGAUAACGGUCGCUGCUUCUUGAUGCCAUUGGAUCGGGAAACUGUUCUACCGCCCAAAUCGCUGCGCGAUUUGAUCGAGAAGAUGUGGAAUGGAUAUUACAACAUCAACACUAGCACAGUUCGCAAGAACAUGCGCGUUAUCACGCCGGAGCUGAAGGAUCUCAGCGAUGUAUCACCGAAGAUCACCAACGAGUGCGAGGACAUGAAGAUCUAUCGGUUGGAGAAACUGGUUUCUGGAGUUUUUAAACGAUCGGCCGAUCUUCACCAGCACGCCAAGUACGCAGAGUUCGGUGGAAACCACAUCACCGAAAUCGACAUCCAGAACUUGGAGGAUAUCAUGCACUAGUAUGCUGCGAUUGGAUCCAGUCCAAAUUGAUUUAUUUAUGUUAAAUUACGUAUAGAAGAUGCAAAUGCGCACCUACAAAAAAUAACAGACUACUAAAACCAAAAACAAACACCCUUUCACCCUUUGAGCUAGAGUAUGGAUAGGGAAAGCUACACAAUUUUCUAUGAUGGUGCAAACACACAAGGAGUAAAGAUUGUACGGGAUGAUCUGUUUGAACUUUAUUAGUAACUAGAAUCUUACCUGAAUUGGUGACCCUGAUCCUGAUGGCAACGUGAUGCGGAACAAGUAAUAGUUUAAAGACACAGAUUAGUAAUCUAAAUUGUAUGAGCCCCUAUCAAAAUCGAUUAAUGUUAAACUCUAUUUUAAAGAAACAUCUAUGAAAGUAAUCGAAGUUUACGAUCCCUUAUGAGUAGUUCGCUGAGAAACUAUUUACCAUUCCCCAAUAUCUGCUUGUAGCUUUUGUGAAGCAGCUCUGUGUACAACAUCCGUAGUCAUUUUCUAAUGUGAUAUUAAUUUUCCCUUCAGGAGUUGUUUCCCCUGAUUUUUAAAACACCUAGCAAAGUUCCCGUACAAAAGUAGAAUCUGUAAUUGCCUACAUUAACUACCGCUAUGUAUGCUUCAACGAAUGAAAUUGUUUAGCACCUAAGGAAAGAUUCACUGUAUGUAAUUGUUACCUGUGGAAGUGCAUCAAGUGGGGGACAACUAAGCAGGAAGGCAGGCGAAGUGUUUUUCAAAUCACUAUUUAGUAGUUUUGAAUUUGAAAAGUUUUUUACUAUGCGAUAAUAUGUUAGUUUAUGUUUCAACGGAUUGUAAAUUAUUCGUCAGCGUUGCCACAGUUUGUGAUUAUUCGGUUCUAUAUCAUACUGGUGUUGUGUAUUACAUUUGCCUAAAAAAAGAGAACAUUCAAUAAGAUGAUGAAACGAAAGUGUAAUCCAAUAAAAACACAAAAUUCUACACAAAGCCUGAUGAUAGUGAUCCAUGAGGAAUUAGUGAAUUGCAAUUUACUGUGGAAUAUUAUAAUAAAGUUUUAUUAGAAACCAA